AUGAGCUGGAAGGGGCAGAAGGAGCACAAAGGAAAAGUAGGAGAAGGAGCAGAAAGGAGAAGGAACAGAAAUGAGCAGGAAGGGACAGCAAGAAGCAGAAAGGGGCAACAAAGAGCUGGAAGGAGCACAAAGGUGAAGGAGCAGAAAGGGUCUGCAAGGAACAGAAAGGGGUCAGAAAGAGAAAGGAGCAGAAGGGCGCAAAAGCAGCAGAAAGGUAAAGGAGCAGAAGAAGCCAAGGAGGAGAGAAGACAGUGUCAGAAGAAAAAGAAGACUGUGUCAAAUGAAGGAGAAAAAAAGGAGAUUGGAGCAGGAAGGACAAGUGAAGUGAACCCUCCACUUCAUUCUGGACACCACAUCAUAAGGCUUCGGUACCUGGGCCUGGCAGGGAAACUUUGGACUCAUCUCCCCAGGUAA